AUCCAUUGGAGAAGCGCGCGCGCGCGCGGCGGAGGGAUCAGCAGCCAGCCAGCAGACACGAGACAAGAGCCAGCGAGUCCGGCCGCCGUCCUUCUAUCCUUCCGCCAAUGUCCGUUUGUUUACCCCCUCGCCGCGGUUCACUUGGACGGAAGCCGGCCGCUGGCGGUGCCCUCGCUGCGGCAUGUUGGCGCUAGAGGAGAACCGCGGCUACGGGCUGUCUGGUGGCUGCCGCGGCGCGAACGUGUCUGUGUUUCACGUCAAACUAACUGACAGUGCGGCGGGAGCCAUUAGCGCCUUUCACCACCACAAGGCUUCAUCCCCCGCUCUCACCGUCUGCUUCAAUGGGAACCAGGGGAAAAUCACAAUCCCUUGCUCUACAAAGGGAGGCGAAGCAAGGAUCUUCAUGUUUGGCGUGACAAACGUUGCCCAGGAAAAUCCGCACGGCAGCUUUGACUGCAUCCAACAAUUCAGCAGCAAAGGCGCUGUGCAGGAGCUGUCAUGUCUCGGCGUUAUCCAGAAGAAGAUGACGGUCAAGGCAACGGAUGAUUCGUACAACAAAGCCUUGCAGAGCAUGGCGCAGGCCGAGGAGGAGACCCGGAGCAGGGGAGCCAUCGUCAUCAAGCAAGGCGGCCGCUUCCAAGGCAAGAAGGUGACGGUGCGUGCCCCGGCCCCGGCCCUGGCCAGCCUCACCAAACCCCGGCGCUCCGCCAAGUCCCUCCUCAGCGGCAUCAAGGCGGCAGGUGCCUGCGUGGGGAAGACAAAGGGCGCCGACGUGUCCAACGGCAGGAGCGUGGGCGAGGUGCAGCAGCGGUCAAUCAGAGAGAGAGUGACGCACCUGCUGGCCCUGAGGCCGUACAAGAGUCCCGAGCUGAUGCUGAGACUGCGGAAAGACGGACUGACCCCCAGGGAUAAAAACAUGCUGGCCUCUGUGCUGGAAGAGGUGGGCCAUGUGAACAACAGAGACAACACUUUGGUCCUGAAGGACGGUCUGUACAAGGAGCUGCAGAAGGACUGGCCUGGUUACACAUCAGGAGACCAGCAGCUCCUUAAACGGAUCCUCGUCAGGAGAUUGUUCCAGCCACAACAAAACCUCCUCACCGUCCCCGACACCCGGGUCAGCCCUCUCCGAGACACACCCAACUCCUCGCCGGCACACCGUCUCAAACAUUCCCUGGCCGAGGAGCACACCGACCCAAUGAUUAGUAAGAAGACCAGGAUAUCCCACUUGUCCCGCAAAGGUGCCGACAGCGUCAUCGGCACGUCGGGAGCGUCGCCCCAAGCGGCUCACAGCGACUCUAAGAAACAUUCGCUGGACCCCCGCAAGCUUUUGGACUCCCUGUCGGCAGCCUGCCAGCCUGAAGCGGACAAGCAAACUUCCUGUUCGCAGGAAAAGGCCGGGUCUCAAGCCGACGCCGAGCGGCCUCUUAAAGUACCGAAAGAGGACAAGAAGACCAUCAACAGAAAGAAAAGCAAACACAGAGAGCAGAAGGAAGAGCGGAUGAGAGGCGGCAAGGAAAGAAAAAGAGACGAGAGUUCAAGGGAUGUAACCAAUCAAGGCGCUGUGGAAUGUGCAGAAGCUGCUCAAGAGAUGUUUGACUCCGACGAACCUCAAGCUGUCGAUGAAAGCACUGAUUAUUUAAUGAAGUACACCGAGAUUUGCAGCCAAGCCCAGCGGCAGCGUUACAAGGAGGAGUUCAACAAGGAGUACAGCGAGUACCGAGACCUGCACGCCCGCAUUGACGGCGUCACCAGACAGUUCAUGGAGCUCGACACGCAGCUCAAGCAGCUCCACCACGAUUCCCAUAAAUACAAGACCGUUCAUAAUCAGAUACUGCAAGAUUAUAGCAAGAUUAAAAAGUCCAACCCCAACUACAGCCAGGACAGGAUUCGCUGUCAGUACCUCCACAACAAACUGGCACACGUCAAGAAGCUCAUAUCCAAGUUCGACCAGCAACAGCUUCAGCAACAUAUUGCCCCCAACUGAAGAGGCAAGACGGGAUCUAAUUUCGCCGCACAACACUUAGAAGCACCGGCCACGGGUGGAGUCCAGCUCUGAGCGCCAGGACUCGCCGCUAAAUAGGCUGCUGGUCACACGGGACGUGAGGAAGACCAGCCGGUGGGAGGGUCGCUGCUGUCGAGGUGAUUCAAGCUCUCUCUCAAAAAAAAUAAGCUUUUAAUCCAAGACAUGGCACAUGGAGAAUGACGAGUAUUUUAGCAUCCUGUGCACCAUGUCAGUGUUCACGCUGAUUCAUGUAAAUUAUGCCAAUAAUGCUGAGAUUUAUUUUUUUAUACAUACACAAUGUUGGUGAAACAAACAUGUCGGGUCCUUUCACCUCAGGCCUGUUCAUCUUCUGUCUAAAUGUCUAAAGAAGAAAACUUGUAUUCAGGGAUCUGUUUUUUCGCGAAUGAUUUAGGUGGAAAAACUUUGUUGCAUGCUUACAUGUUGUUGCAUCUUACAGAAUGCAUGCUUAAAUACAUUUUCAAGAAUU